GGCGCGGCGCCUGCACCAUGAACUACCAGCAGCAGCUGGCCAACUCGGCUGCCAUCCGGGCCGAAAUCCAGCGUUUCGAAUCGGUCCACCCCAACAUCUACUCCAUCUAUGAGCUGCUGGAGCGCGUGGAGGAGCCGGUACUGCAGAACCAGAUCCGGGAGCACGUCAUCGCCAUAGAAGAUGCCUUUGUGAAUAGCCAGGAGUGGACACUGAGUCGAUCGGUGCCAGAGCUCAAAGUGGGAAUUGUGGGUAACUUGGCCAGCGGCAAGUCGGCCCUGGUGCACCGCUACCUGACGGGCACGUAUGUGCAGGAGGAGUCUCCAGAAGGUGGCAGGUUCAAGAAGGAGAUUGUGGUGGAUGGACAAAGCUAUCUGCUGCUGAUUAGAGAUGAAGGAGGCCCCCCAGAGGCACAGUUCGCCAUGUGGGUGGACGCCGUCAUAUUUGUCUUCAGCCUGGAGGAUGAGAUCAGCUUCCAGACCGUCUACCACUACUACAGCCGAAUGGCCAACUACCGGAACACGAGCGAGAUCCCUCUCGUGCUGGUGGGGACCCAGGAUGCCAUAAGUUCCACGAACCCACGGGUCAUCGAUGACACCAGGGCACGGAAGCUGUCCAACGACCUGAAGCGGUGCACAUACUACGAGACGUGCGCCACCUACGGGCUCAACGUGGAACGGGUCUUUCAGGACGUGGCCCAGAAGAUCGUAGCCACCAGGAAGAAGCAGCAGCUGUCCAUCGGGCCCUGCAAGUCCCUGCCCAACUCGCCCAGCCACUCCUCCGUCUGCUCUGCCCAGGUGUCCGCUGUGCACAUAAGCCAGACGAGCAAUGGAGGAGGAAGUUUAAGUGACUACUCCUCCUCUGUCCCGUCCACUCCAAGCACCAGCCAGAAGGAGCUCCGCAUCGACGUCCCUCCCACUGCCAACACCCCGACUCCCGUCCGGAAGCAGUCCAAGCGCCGGUCCAACCUUUUCACGUCGCGGAAAGGGAGCGACCCAGACAAAGAGAAGAAAGGCCUGGAGAGCCGUGCGGACAGCAUCGGGAGUGGACGAGCCAUCCCAAUUAAACAGGGCAUGCUGUUGAAGCGAAGUGGAAAGUCACUGAACAAAGAGUGGAAGAAGAAAUAUGUCACCCUGUGCGACAAUGGCGUGCUGACCUACCAUCCCAGUUUGCAUGAUUACAUGCAGAAUGUUCACGGUAAAGAGAUUGACCUCCUGAGAACCACUGUGAAGGUCCCCGGGAAGAGGCCACCCCGUGCCACAUCGGCCUGCGCGCCCAUCUCCAGCCCCAAAACCAAUGGCCUGGCCAAGGACAUGAGCAGUUUACACAUCUCACCAAACUCAGGGAAUGUCACUAGUGCGUCUGGGUCUCAGAUGGCAAGCGGCGUCAGCCUGGUGUCCUUCAACAGCCGACCGGAUGGCAUGCACCAGCGCUCCUACUCAGUCUCCAGUGCCGACCAGUGGAGCGAGGCUACGGUCAUUGCAAACUCGGCCAUCAGCAGUGACACGGGGCUGGGUGACUCCGUGUGCUCCAGCCCAAGUAUCUCCAGCUCCACCAGCCCCAAGCUCGACCCACCGCCCUCCCCCCACGCCAACAGAAAGAAGCACCGCAGGAAGAAAAGCACCAGCAACUUCAAAGCUGACGGGCUCUCCGGCACAGCUGAAGCCAAACGCAAAGCGUGGAAACUAAACCGUGUUGGUAGCCUGCGAAAUAUAUACAGCAGCAGCAGCACCAACACUGAAGAACAAGAAGAAAACUUUGAGUUUAUCAUUGUGUCCCUCACUGGCCAGACGUGGCACUUUGAAGCCACCACGUAUGAAGAGCGAGAUGCCUGGGUCCAAGCCAUCGAGAGCCAGAUCCUCGCCAGCCUGCAGUCCUGCGAGAGCAGCAAGAAUAAGUCCCGGCUGACCAGCCAGAGCGAGGCCAUGGCCCUGCAGUCCAUCCGGAACAUGCGCGGGAACUCCCACUGCGUGGACUGUGACACCCAGAACCCCAACUGGGCCAGCUUGAACUUGGGAGCCCUCAUGUGCAUUGAGUGCUCGGGGAUCCACCGCAACCUGGGCACCCACCUGUCGCGAGUGCGCUCCCUCGACCUGGACGACUGGCCCAUCGAGCUGAUCAAGGUGAUGUCAUCCAUUGGGAACGAGCUGGCCAACAGCGUGUGGGAGGAGAGCAGCCAGGGCCGGACGAAGCCCUCCGUGGACUCCACAAGGGAAGAGAAGGAGCGGUGGAUUCGCGCAAAGUACGAGCAGAAGCUCUUCCUGGCCCCACUGCCCUGCACAGAGCUGUCCCUGGGCCAGCACCUGCUGCGUGCCACAGCCGACGAGGACCUGAGGACGGUCAUCCUGCUGCUGGCGCACGGCUCCCGGGACGAGGUGAAUGAGACCUGCGGGGAGGGCGACGGCCGCACAGCGCUACACCUGGCCUGCCGCAAGGGCAACGUGGUCCUGGCCCAGCUGCUCAUCUGGUACGGGGUGGAUGUCAUGGCCCGCGACGCACAGGGGAACACGGCACUGGCGUACGCCCGCCAGGCGUCCAGCCAGGAGUGCAUCGAGGUGCUGCUGCAGUACGGCUGUCCCGACGAGCGCUUCGUGCUCAUGGCCACCCCUAACCUGUCCCGGAAAAACAACAACCGGAACAACAGCAGCGGGAGGGUACCCAGCAUCAUCUGAGAGCGUGCACGCCCGGGACACGUGGCCCUCGGGAGUCACGGCACGUGAGUCCUGUCACAUCCCCUCCCUCCUUCCGGUGGUCACCUCCUGCCCACCUGCCCACUCACCCCACAUGAAAUCUCCAAACCCGGCCCUCCCUGAGGGGUGAAGAGGAGGCCAGGAGGCCGCAGAAGCGCUUCCUUUUCACAGACUCUGCCAGAGUGCCCGGGACAGGCCGGCGGGCCUGGGUGGCUUGAUGAUAGCACAUGGCACGGGACCCAUCCAGGUGGCCUGGAGGCAGAGCGGGCUCAAGGGCCAGGGACGCGACGGGGAGGGGCUCGGGCGCGGCUGAGGAGAGGGGCAGCGCUCCCUAACUGGCAGUUAAGCACAUGAGUACGUUUCACCUCUACCAAACGGAGCACUUGGAUCUCAUCUCUUCUCCGAGGAGCUUGACGGCAUAAAUCAGGAGCAAGCACAGAGUUUGUCAGGUUUGAAGCCCCUAUGAUGGUAUGUGUCAAAUCAGUUGUAGCUAAUCUGUCCAGGGAGAAUACUGGCUUCAUUACACUUGUAUAGUUGAGUUCUUCCAGCAUUACCGCUGUUUAAUAGAACAUGAUUAGUCAUCACCGAGAAGAAAGCAUAUUAGCCGAGGAGGUAGUUACGCGGCACGCUCCGGUGAUUGCCGCGAUGUGAUUGCAAUGCUCUUAGAAGCAUCAUAUUAUCCCAGACAUGUUCUUUCAAGCCCUUGGAGCCCUCCUUUCUAAAUUCACUGUCAUAAUUUAGUAUCUGUUUAAUUUUUCAGUCCAAAGAGAGGAAAUCAGUUGCUGAGUAUUAUUUGACUGCAGUCUCCUUGGUGCAAAAACAAAAUGGAAAAAAUAAAUAAGUAUAACUUGGAAAUUCAGAAAGAAAUCGCAAAUUCAGCUGGUACCAGCUUCUCGGGUGCAUUUGGUAAAGGAAGUGAACACAGAAAAGCCUGUUUUUUCUGACUGUAAGAAAGAUGUUCAGUGCUCUGGUCAAGGCGGGUGCGCUGGGCCCUCAGUCACUCCAGGGCCACACGGCCUGCAUGACCAGGCUUCGGAAAAUCUGUUUAAAUAAAAGAAGUUCAUAAAUAUGCAUUGAUUUUUGUACAGACAAAUGGCACUUCUGCUAAUUCAUAAAUUGAACUGGAUGUGAACUAAUAACGUGCAACUAGUUGAGAUAAGGGGGUUACAGAUCAUUGUACAUGGAAAAUAUUCCCAGCAGUAAACACUUCCAUUAAUGUGAUAUACAGCUUUUAAAAAGGAGUGUAUCAAGAUAAGAUGGCGGUACAAUUUGCUUAUUAAAAUGGAGAAAGAAAAAAAGAAUGAUAUGGAAGCAUUGUGCAAAGGGGGAAGGAGCAUGUGAAUUUUCAUUCUCGAAGGCAUGAUUUAGAUUUCUGCUAACCAGGGGUGAGGGGCGCAGGCGGGGUGGGGUGACCCUGUGAAUACUGGAAGCAGGUGCUCUGCAGGGGCGCCGAGAAGCAGGUGCAGGGGCUGAGGCCCAGCCCAGCCCUGGAACGCGUGGCACCUGGCCCGCCCUCAUCAGGGCCACCACUGCCAGGCGGGCAAACAGGAAACCAAACCACAAAGGGAAAGGGCAGCUUCACCUAGCAGCCAUGGCACGAGACAAGGGUACAAGGGUUGUCGCAGUGGAAGCUGAGGACCUGGGGCUGGCGCAGUGCAGGGCCACAGAGCCACGUUUUUCCAGCAGCCCCCUGAGAAGGUCCUUGCUCCUGUAUAUUGAACCUUAUAUUUUGUAAGAGUUUUUCCUCUUCUUUCACUU